CGUCCCUCCCUCCCCCUGAUUGGUUUGUGAUCUUGAGAGCCGCUUGCUGAUUGGUAGCCUGAGCCGUCUAUCGUCCCCGCGACCGGUUCGGGUGUUUAGUGGCGCGACGCGGCGCGGCCUGGGCUUUGCUCUGGUUUGUUGUCAUGUUGCUUGUGGACUUUCACUGAGGGCCUGACAUUCUGAUGGUGUACCAGGGACUGGGCCGGAGACCAUAGGAAGAUGAUCAUAGAGAACCUGGACGCUUUCAGAUCUUGGUUGUCAAGGGCGCUGGACCCUAUCUGCGAUGCUGACCCAUCAGCUUUAGCAAAAUAUGUAGUGGCUUUAGUUAAAAAAGACAAGCCAGAAAAAGAGCUGAAGGCUUUGUGCGUUGAUCAAUUGGACGUAUUUCUGCAAAAAGAAACUGUUGGAUUUGUGGAUAAACUUUUUGAUGCUUUAAGCACAAAGAACUACGUGCCACGACCAGAACAGCUUGUCCAGGAGACAUUAAAGCAGGACAUGCAACCUACAUGGCAAGAGAGAGAGGACAAGAAAGAAGUUCCCUUGUAUGAUGAGGAUCAAGAUGGCAGAAAAUCCUUAUUAAAGAAAAGUCACAGUCCGUUUAAACCCGUUUUGGGACCGAUUGACACAAGAACUCGUGAUGACAAAAAACGUGAGGAACGACGACGCAGGGACUUCGAGAGAUAUCCUCAUCCCAGAGAUCUUUACCGAGAACGAUAUGACCGUCGUAGGGGCAGAAGCUAUAGCCACAGUCCAACAAAGAGCGCAAGUCGAAGUCGCAGUCGCAGUCGAGACCGGACUCGAGAUCUUGGGCGCAGCAACAGCACAAGCAGAGAGCAACAUAAAGACAGAUCAAAGUUUGAAUUGGAAAGAAACGAGGGCUCAGAGAACAUGUAUGUCCCCAGUUGCACGUCAUCGAACAGUUCAACUGAGCAAUAUUUCUCUGGAGGACAUGCUGCUUCUAGUGCAGUAACUGUGGUAGCUCCUGCCCACCACCCUGACAAUACUACUGAGAGCUGGUCUAAUUUCUAUAACAACCACACCGGCACAAACUCCUUUGGUAGAAAUGCAGCCCCAAAGCGCCGAUGCAGAGACUAUGAUGAGAAAGGUUUCUGCAUGCGUGGUGACCUCUGCCUCUUUGAUCAUGGCAAUGACCCACUAAUAGUGGAAGAUGUCACUCUUCCUGGAAUGAUUCCUUUUCCCCCACCGCCUCCAGGCUUACCCCCCCCAGGCCAUCAGUUGCCUCCACCAGGACAUCAUUUACCUCCACCCUUACCAGGUCUCCCUCCAAACCUGAGGUUACCCCCAAUACCACCACCUGGGCAGCCUCCUCCUCCUGGCAUCCAUCCUGUAUCUGGACCACAUCCAAUCCCAAAGAGCGGUGCAGACAGCAUUGAAGUCUCUGGGGCCAGUACAGUACAUACAUUGCCACCUCCAGGAUUAAGGCCCCCACCUUUACCUCAGUAUCCACCGUAUGUGACUUCAGAAUAUAACUAUGAGCCUGAUGGGUAUAACCCCGAAGCUCCCAGUAUUACUGGUGGUGCCAGGCCUCAGUAUCGACACUACAUCCCACGAGUUCAGACUGAACGUCCAAAUCUGAUUGGUUUAACUUCCAGCACCAUGGAUGGCCCUUCACGAGUGCCUGUGAAAGUUAAUCAAGCGGAGAUCUGUACAGCUACCACAGCCAGCAACAACGUUUCUCGUGUAGUUAUUGAACCAGAACCUAGGAAAAGGACUGUAGUGUCUGUGGAUGGACCACCUACAAAAAAACCUUGGCUGGAAAACAGGCAAAAUUUUAACCAUCAAAACAAGCAAGGGUUUCAGAAGAAGACUCAACACACCUAUGAUAAUACAAAGCUAGAGGUUCGCAAAAUACCAAGGGAAAUGAACACCAUCACCCAGCUCAAUGAGCAUUUCAGUAAAUUUGGUACUAUUGUCAACAUUCAGGUUGCCUUUGGUGGUGAUCCAGAAGCAGCUCUCAUUCAAUACUCACAUAACGAAGAGGCAAAACGGGCUAUUUCCAGCACUGCAGCAGUAUUGAACAACAGAUUUAUUAGGGUAUACUGGCACAGAGAGAACAACGGAGUUCAACAUCAACAACAGCAUCAGCAAGUACAGACACAACAGUUAGCAGUAUCACAGCACAGCACUGUUCAUAAGAUAUUAAACCGAAACCAAAGCCCAGGAUCUUUUGUACUAACAAAUGCAUCAGUAAAGCAACGACUUGGGCCACUGGGUGGAAGUCAGCCUGAUGGGACGCAAACCAGUUCAAGCCAGUUUGGAGCUGGUGGAGAAGCUUCACAGGGGCCUCCUACCUCCACAAGCCUGGUAAAGGCAGGAUAUAGUUGUGCAGUCACAAAGACGAAUCAUAAAUCUUCUGUUACAUCCGGUAAAGCAAUAGAAGCAAAAGAAGCUCUCAGGAAAAAACAGGAAGCUAUGAAGUUGCAGCAAGAUAUGAGGAAAAAGAAACAAGAGAUGUUGGAAAAACAAAUUGAGUGCCAGAAGGUAUUAAUUUGCAAACUGGAAAAGAAUAAAAGUAUGAAAGCAGAAGAGAGGGCUAAAAUAAUGAAAACCAUGAAAGACUUGACAGAAAGAAUAUCACAAUUGCGAGAUGAACUGAAAGCAACGUCAGCAUCAACAUCAUCGGCUCCAUCACAACUAAAAUCAAAAUCUGAUGCACAGAAGGAGUUACUGGAUGCAGAACUGGAUUUCCACAAGAAGCUCAACUCGGGGGAGGACACAACAGACUUGAGGAAAAAGCUGAACCAGCUCCAGGUGGAGGCUGCACGAUUAGGCAUUCUUCCUGGAGGACGUGGUAAGACUAUGCAGACACGAGGCCGAGGUCGAGGCAGGAGCGUGAGAGGAAGAGGCGCACAGAUGCAUAUGGUGGUUGAUCACAGACCCAAAACGCUAACGGUGUUCGGCUUCACAGAGGAAGAAAAGGAUGAAUUAAUGCCACAUUUCUCAAAGUUUGGAGAAGUGGAGGAUUUUCAAGAGGAUACUCCUUUAAAUAUUAGAGUUGCAUUCAAAUCAAGAAUUGAAGCAGAAAAUGCUGCCAAUCAGGGCGCAAAGUUCAAAGGCCGAAAUCUUCAGAUCUCCUGGUACAAGCCAAAAGCACCUUCAGUAUCAACAGAACCGGAAGAAGAGGAUACAAAAGAAGAGGCUUCAGAACCUGUGGAUCCUUUCUUUCGUGAAGAUGAUGAUGAUGAAGAAGAUGAUGAUGAAUCCCGCUCCUGGAGACGAUGAUGGGAUUUAGAACUUUCACUCUAUUGUCAUGAACUUUUGUGCAUUUUUUUGUGUUUAAAUAUAUUUACUAAUUUUACAGAAACAUUUUUAUUGUAUUUAAAGAAAAAAAUGGGUUUGCAACAUUUUUGUGAAAAUUACAAAAAGCUUAGUAUUUUGCUUUCAAUGCUUUUAGGAUACAUGCCCCAAAGGAGGAAAAUCACAGAAUGUUUCAGGAAAAAAAUAGGGGAGAUAGGGAAUAACCAGAUGUACAUUCUGCUUGUAGCAGAGGUUCUUGUAUGAAUGUAUAUUAAAAUCGUGUAUAUACUUUGCCUUUUUUUUGAUGAAAGAAAGAACAUUUAAGCCUGUAAGUAAAUUUUUGAUAGAGAUCUUUUUUUCUCCUUUUAAAAAAAAAAUUAAAACACCAGAAUACAUCUUGCAAGGAGAGUGAAUUUAUAGAAAGUAUCGAGUUCUAUAUAUAUAUAAAAAAUUCUGGUUUGAAGGGCAAUAGAAUGGUUACUAUAUUAAUGGGGGGAUUCAAUGUAAUAUAAACCUAAAGAGUUUUAACUUUUUCCUCAGUAGUUUUGGUGAACCAGAUAGUGAUCUUCUGGUAAGCAAAAAAGAUACUGUAGAACCAAGAUGACCGGUGUUAACCAGUACUGAAUUUAUUUGGAUAGAAUAUAGUAAUCCUUGAAAAUGAGGUAUAUGAAUGGUAAAUGUUUACAAAAGCUAAAUGCAUUUAAAGCUGCAAUGCCCAUCUAAUCAAAAUUUCAAUACUAAACUAAAUAUUUUUUAUUGAUUUUCUAUUUAUUGAAACCAUUUUUUUAAAAAUGGAGAUUUCUACACACCCUUAUUGUUUGAGUUUCCUAUAGUUUCUGUUGGCCAUAUGUUAUUGAUCUAUUUUUAUUCGGUUUGGUUCACUCUGCUAUCACCCUAGCACAGUUAAAGUGUUACAUUUGGUAAUGAACGCAUCACAUUUGAUAGCUCACUGAUGAUAUGCUGAAUAGGGGAGUGAUGUUGUACCUCAAUGGAUUCAUACAUUCAACUUCAGCUCUUCUUUACUCAAUUCAAGAUGCUAGUUCUAUUAAAAGAGCAAGAUUGCUUUUUAUAUUUCAAUCAGCUCUUUAACAGUUUAAAAAUAUAAGCAUUGCUUAUAACUGCCAAUGUAGAUGUUAUAUAGACAAUACUUUUGGUCAUUGAUGGAAAAGAUUGCUCCUUUAAAUGUUUCAUAUACAGAAGAGAUUUUUAUUAUCAAGGAGUCUCUUCAGCCACCAAUCCUAUUUGCUAUCCUGUAACUCAUACUGGGAAUGGUAGGUGUUUGGAUAUCAGCCAAGAGCAGGUUGAACAGACUUUUACAUAUCAAGAUCUAUGGAGGGAAAGAAAGUAGCUAUUUCCUUCUUGCUUAACAUAUCUGGGUAAGCGCUUGAAAUUUGAUUUCCGUGAACAACUUUACAAGUAAAUGGCUUUGUAUAUCCUGUUACGAGUCAUUUUCUAUCAUGUGGAAUGCUUCAUUUACAAUGGCAGUCCUAAUAUUUGUAAUCUUCGUGCAGAUGCAUCAAGUAGCAUUCAGUCAACAUAUACUGUAAUGCAUUCCUUUAUUUCCUUGCCCAAAUAACAUGUUUGCCUCAAAGGGAGUCCAGAGUAAAAUAUUAAAUUCUGUUGCAUAAUUUCUUGUAUAUUUUUACUUCCAGUAGAGUAAUUUGUAAAAUGUUGGCUGUUCUAAUUUUGUUACCAUUUGCUAGACUGUAGAAAUAAUAGUAGUCACAAAGUUUAUACGGAACGUCUGUAGACCUAAUAAUAUGUCGAGCGAAGGCAAAAAGCUGCAUACUACAAGAAUAUUUGCUAAACAGAAAUACUACAGUGCCAAUGCCAAACACUUCAGGAUUUUAAUUUUCUUAAAUAAAUAUACACUUAAUAGGUACACAUUUAACUGCAUACUAAUCUUGAUUUUCAAUUUAUGUGGAAAUGCAGCUUUAAAUGAAACAUCAAAAGAGCUUACUGCAUAUGCAAAAAGAAAAAACCUCUAGUGAAACACAGAUGUGAAAAAAAUUUGUUUGUAUAAAGGGUGACCAUUUGCAGUUGCCUUUUUUUGAGGUUUAAUUUUUUUUAAAAAAACUUAAUUAUACCAUUUGUACCUUGACCGUGCUGAAAGUCAUAAGUCUAGAUUGUGGGAGAUUCCAGUUCUGUACUAUAAGGGUUAAUAUCUUUUGGCAUCUUUAAAAUUCUGAAUUUUUAACAUCUGUGUUCUACAGUUCUUUUUUUUAUAAAAGGAAAAAGUGACUGUUGCCUGGAAUAUUUGAGCAUUAGUUUUGAUUACUAUUUCAGAAGAUAAAAUUGUUAGAUGUGAAGAACUGGAAACAGUGCCAUCUUGUGAUAAAUAUGUAACACACUUACCAUCACACUUGUUCAACCACGAUCCACACCUGAUAUAUACUAACUAAGUGACUUCCUAGAUCACUGCAAAACGCAACCAUUUUAUUCUAAUAUUAGCUAAUUGCAAUGAUGGUCUGUUAAUGGAAUCCUCAAUAACAUCCAUUCAUGAAUGUUGUGGCAUCUUGCACAACUGUCCUUAAGGCAUUCAUGAUUGCUUCUCUAUGAAAAUGUAAUUGGUAUAAAUUAUAUGGCAUGGCUGAUAUAAGUAACCAGAAAUGGGUUUACCCUCCUUUCCCUCCUUCUUUUCAUCAGAAUGAAAGAUACCAGAGAGUAUUUUCAAGAUUGGAAUUUAUUUAUGGUAUCAGAAAAUUGUUUAUUUAAAAUAAGAGAUGGGAGGGAAUGCUUGCUUGUAAGUUUCAUGGUUUGCAGUGUCAUCUGAGCCCCUCUAGCCAAUGCUUUAUAAUUACUGCCAGGUAUCUACCUUGCCGCAUGUCACUUCACCUGCACUAUUAUUUUGUACAAUUCAAGCAAACAGCACGUCAUUUCCAUAUAACUUUUAUAAAAAGCUUAGCUAGAAACCAGGAGCCAAAGCUUAGUCUUCUAACCUAGCUGGAAUCAAGCUUGGUUUUAGCCCUUUGAUACAUUAAUCUGUGAAUAGCCUUGUUGGUUGAGUUUGUCAUUUUUUUUUGUCAGCUAUGCUGAAGGAUCCCUGCAACCUUUGUUCAUGCUAUUUUUGUUUUAUCUCCUUGCGGCCUCUCUGUUCCCUUCGAUCUUAUUCCUGCUGGUUUUUUUGGCUUCAUUCCGUUUAAAGCCCUGCACCAGUCAAUUAGAAAGCGAUUGGAAAAUUGUGAUAAAGGGAAGGCUACACUUUACUUGUGUCUCUUUAAUUAGUAUAUACAGCACUUACCAUCAUGAAGAGGGAUCUUCAAGGGAAAUAUCUAGGUGGAUUCAACAAAAAUAAAAGCAUUGUGUGAAAGGAAACUCAUUGCAGCUGUUUGAAGCUGUUUAAAAAUUGCUAUUGUAGAUUUUUUUUGUGGGGAAGAACAGUCUGAUAUCCUAUGAUCUUUUUCUUUUGUAAUUAAAUACUUGUAUAAUAGAGUUUAUUCAGAAUUGUGGACAUGUAGAACAUCAAUGUAUUUUUAGGUUGUUUAUGCUAAAAUGUGAAUUUGGUGCAAGUUUCUUGCACUUUUCAGUAAAAUGUUACUUCAUUGGGUGAUAUUGUUGCUGAAUUUGUAACAGUUUAUACGUUUGAAUUUAUGUCUUCAUUUCUGUUUUACUGAUUGUAUCUGAAUUUCUAAUAGAGGCAUGUUCACAUUUGAAAUAAAGUCUUGCAAUGGAAUGGUUUGCAAUAUGACAUAAAAAAAAAUAAAAAUUAUACUUACGUGGAUAUAGAGGGAAAAAAGAUGGAAAACUUUCAAAAGAAUGAUUAAAAUGGAAGAAAUUUAAAAGAAUGAAUUAAAAUG